AUGUCCACAGAAACAGCCGACCAGGCGCCCGCCGUCUCCGACCUCCCCUCCGGCGACCCCAUCCCGGCGCCCCCCGCCGCCGCCGCUGCCGCCCCAUCGUCGCCGCCCGGGGCCCCGAAACAACCAAAGCUCCCCCUCGGCCAGCUCCUCGCCGCCCUCUCCCCCCGCAACGUCGACGCCUUGGUCGCCCACCUGAGCCGCUGCUUCCAGACGCCCUCGGGCAUCGACACCGUCCUCCUCUUCCUGUGCUACACCUCGCGCUUCACCGCCUCCGUCCUCGACUCCGCCAGCACCACCGCCCUCCGGCACUCGGCCCGCAAGCUCGUCGCCCUCGCCUUCGCCCUGCCCCCCGACACCACCAUCCUCCUCUCCAAGGCCCCGCCCUCGGCCGCCGCCGCGUCGCUGGGCAUCCGCGUCGCCGGCCACCUCCGCGCCCUCGCCGGCCUCCUCAGCGAGGCCCGCACCAUCAUGCGCCUGUGGUCGCUGCUGCCGCUGUACCUCUGGCUGCGCCGCCUCAUGACGACCCCCGCGAGGCCCGCCGACACGGACGAGAAGAAGGCGAAGGCGCAGGACCCGUCCGCGGCGGCGCUCGACCGGGCCAUCUCCUGGCUCCAGGUGACGGCGUGCCUGCUGCUGCAGACGCUCGAGAGCUCGUCCUACCUCGCUUCCAAGGGCGUGCUGCCGCUGACGCCCGCGCAGCAGGGCAAGGCGGCGCGGUGGAGCGUGCGGUUCUGGUCCGUCUUCGUCGGCAGCGAGCUCGGCCGCCUCGCCGUCGAGGCGCUGCGCCGGCGGUCCGCCGUCAGCAGCGGCCAGCAGGACGUCGCCAGCACCGAGUACAGGGAGUGGGCCGAGACGUGGACGCGGACCUUUGCCAGGCAGAUCUCGUGGUUCCCGCUCACCGUGCACUGGAGCAUGGACAAGGGGUUCGUGCCGGAGAUGGGCAUCGGUUUGCUGGGCAGCAUCCCGGGCAUCGUGCAGAUGCGCCAGUUGUGGAAGGAAACUGCCUGA